AUGCGUGUGGACAUCAACCGCCUCUACGCAAACCCCUCCCUCCUCUCCAACAGCUCCGCCUACGACCCCUCCCACCUCGCGGGCAACUCUUCCCACGGCUCCGCCCACGGCGAGCCCGAAUGCCCCGAGCCGGCGGCCGGCUUCCUGUUCUGGAUCGCCGUGGAGAUCCUCACCGUGGUCCUGGGCCUCCCGGCCAACCUGAGGGUCCUGUGGGCCCUGCUGAAUAGCCAGGUGGACGCCUCCACCUCCAACGUGUUCACGGGCAGCCUGGCGGCCCUGGACGUGGUCUACCUGGCCAUGGUGCCCGCCCACGUGGCCAACCACCUGCUGCUGGGGGACGCGGGCCUGCAGCGCUCGCUGCUCUUCUUCUUCGGGCUGAACGAGAUCGGCAGCCCGCUGCUCCUGUCCUGCGUGUGCCUGGACCGCUACGCGGCCGUGCUCCACCCCGUGGCCUUCAUGCGCUACCGCCACGCGCGCUACCGCGCGGGCUGCGCCGCCGCCGUCUGGGCGCUCACGCUGGGCUACUCGGCCUACGUCGCCGGCGUGGACUUCCGCCACAACGACUGCAUCUUCAUCGCCCUCUUCAUGGCCGCCUUCGUCGUCCUCAUCUUCUGCAACCUGUCCAUCCUGCGGGCGCUGCGCCGCUCGGGCCCGGCCGGCGACGAGGUCCACCCCGUCAAGCGCAAGGCCUUCCGCACCGUCCUCGCCGUCUUCGCCGUCGUGCUGGUCAGCUACCUGCCCGCCGUCGCCGUCUACCCCUACGAGCACAUCCUGCCCGAGGAGGCGUUCGAGUGCUACAUCUACCCCGUCUGCUACUCCUUCAUCACCCUCAGGGCCUGCCUGCAGCCCCUCCUCUUCCUCUUCCGAGCCGGCAAACUUCCCUGCCAGACGGGCCCGGGUCAGGUGAUCUGCUGCUCCUCCAGCAGCGACUGA